AUGUUGGAGUCAACCCAAUUGUGCAUAAAGGAGAGAUGGGGCUUCGACGUGAUUGCCAGCGCGGGUUCAAGAAGCACCCACAGCAAAGAAAGUCCUGAAUUUCUAUGUCUCAAAGUACGCGAUAGGGCUCCUGAGAAUCUGCGAAGGCUCCUCGACGCGCAUUAUGCCGCACAAGCGGACGAUAAGAGUGUUUCGAAGACUAAGGCGAUGGGGUUCCAAAUGAUACACUGUAUCCAGCUGCUGGGUGCUAUUGCAUCCCAGGGUGCGUCCAUGGCUUUCGCCCCGACAGGACUGUGUUUCAACGCUCUUUCUUUCCUUUUGGCUAUUCCCAAAAAGGUCCAUGGGUUCCAUGGCGAGAUUGACGCUAUCUUUGGAGAGGUCGGACCGGCUCUUGCACAGUUUCGGAUCUACGAGCGGAUGGAUGAAAGCUCACAGAUUGACGAGGCUCUGUGA